AUGGGCCGGGUGCUGUGGGGAGUGCUGCUCACCUGGGUGUCCGUGGCUUGGGUGAGAGGGGCUGAGCGGUCCCAGGAGCUCUCCCCCUCUGCGGGGUUUCCAGAGUGCAAGGCGGCUCUGAAACUCCCAAGUCUGGAAGUCCUGCCAGGGGGCGGCUGGGAUAACCUCAGGAAUUUGGAUAUGGGCAGAGUCAUCAACCUGGGCUACUCGCUGUGCAAGACCACAGAAGACGGAUCUUAUAUCAUCCCAGAUGAGGUCUUCACUAUACCUCGCAAGCAGAGCAACCUGGACAUCAACUCCGAGAUCAUCGAGUCCUGGAAAGAUUACCAAAGCAUCACCUCCGCCUCCAUCAACCUGGAGGUGUCCCUCUUCUCCUCCAUCAACGGCAAGUUCUCCUACGACUUCCACCGGACCAAGACCCACCAAGUGAAAGACCGUGCCGUCACCACCCGAGUGCAAGUCAGGAACCUGGUUUACACUGCCAAGAUCGACCCAGGGGCAGUCCUGGACAAGGGCUUCAAGAAGCAGCUGCUGACGAUCGCCAGCCACCUGGAGAACAACCAGACGCGGAUGGCUGAUUUUCUGGCCGAGGUGCUGGUGCUUAACUAUGGCACUCACACCAUCACCUCCGUGGAUGCCGGAGCCAGCUUGGUGCAGGAGGAUCAGAUCAAGGCAACCUUCCUGAAGGACAGCUGGGCCACACGGAGCGCUGUCACCGCCUCGGCCGGUAUAGCCUUCCACAGCAUCAUCAGUGUGAAAAACGAGGAGUCCCUGGAUGUCGGCUCUGGCUUCACCAAGCAGUAUAUGGAGAACCGCACCAACUCCAGGGUAGAGAGCAUCGGUGGGACCCCCUUUUACCCAGGCAUCACCCUCAAGACCUGGCAGGAGGGGAUCAGAAACCAGCUGGUGGCUCUCGACCGCUCAGGGCUGCCCCUGUACUUCUUCAUCAACCCCAGCACCCUGCCAGAGCUGCCCACCCCCACGGUGAAAAAGCUGGCCAGGCGAGUGGAGAUGGCUAUUCGUCGCUACUACACCUUCAACACUUACCCAGGCUGCACUGACGCCACCUCGCCCAACUUCAACUUCCAUGCCAAUGCUGAUGAUGGCUCCUGCGAGGGUGCCAUGACCAACUUCACCUUCGGGGGAGUCUUCCAGGAGUGUACCGGGCUGGCUGGCCCCGACACCAGCUCGCUGUGCCGGGGGCUGGAGCAGAGGAACCCCCUUACUGGGGCUUUCUCCUGCCCCACCACCUACACUCCGGUGCUGCUGGGCGUGCAGGAGAGGGAGGAAGGCCACAGCCAUCUGGAGUGCCGCAACAAGUGCAUCCUGGGCAUCUUCUGCCACCGCGAGUGCAGGGACGUCUUCUGGCUCUCACGGGUGCAAUUCAGCGCCUACUGGUGCGCUACGAGUGGGUCAGUGCCCCCACACUCGGGCUAUCUCUUUGGGGGGCUGUUCAGCGCCCACAGCGCCAACUCCAUCACUGGUGCCCAGUCCUGCCCCUCGGGGUACUUCCCGCUGAAGCUCUUCGACGAGCUCAAGGUGUGCGUGAGCCAGGAUUACGAGGGGGGCGGCCAGUACGCGGUGCCCUUUGGGGGCUUCUUCAGCUGCCAGGCAGGGAACCCCUUGGCAGGGCGGCACCAGGGCACUGCUGAGGACCCCCAUGCCAAGAGCUGCCCCCCUGGCCCCAGCCAG